AUGAAAUCCAAAACAAAAGAGAAAACCUUUAUUACUGGGAUGAAUCCUCCUGCUAAGGAAGGUCAAUCACUAGGAAUGAGUUACGAGUUAGUUCCUAAAGCAAAGGAGAUAGAGGAUACGUUUAAGGAACUGAAUAGCUUAUCUCUGCUAACUACAACUCCGAGAUUUGCUACGUUAUAUAACGUUAUGAAGACACGUAUGUAUGAAAUCAAAUAAAGAAAUGAAAAUUCUCAAGGAGAAAACCAGUCAAGAGAUUUUGUCUAUGAAGAAAGAAGAGAGAAUGGCCAAUCUCCAAAAUGAGCGUGAUUGGUUCAGAAGAGAAGCUCUAGAACUUGACAAAAUGUGUAAAGACAGGAAAAAGGCUAUCAACAAGCUUAAAGGAAAACUUGACAAUGCAGAAGAUGACAGGAAGUGGUUCCAAGAGAAACUCAUGAAGGUUAAGAAAGUAAACAAAACCCUCGUCUGGGAGCUAGAUAGAUUCAAAUAAAGCACUCAAUGUGGAAUCCAGUGAAAGACUCUCACCACUCAGAGCAGAAAUUUCAAAUACUGAAGCUCAGGAUGAAAUGGUUCCACAGUUUAAACAGUUCGAUCAAAAUGUUGAUGCUCAAAGCCCUGAAAGAAGUUUGUCCCCGUCACCGUAUUAUAACCAAGAAGAGAAUGAGAUCAAGGCUAUAAUGGGCCCUGAGCCAUCAAUUGUGAAGGAAGUGAUUGAAAAUACCGAGAAUGAAGAUUUAAAAUUAGUAACUCUCUAUGAAGAAAAUUCAAAGGAAUCCAGGAAUAAAUUCUUCCCUAGAAGCAACCCUUCAAUUAAGAGUUCUCAAGUGAGCCAAGCAGUCUUGUUCUCAAAUGAGCAAAUACAAGAAAUUAUUGAGGAGAAUAAGAAGCUGAAGGAAAAUGAAUUGAAAUAUCAAGAUCGUAUCAAUAAUUUGAGAGAUAAGCUCAAGCAACAGAAGAUGAAGACUAUCGAAGCUAACUCUAACAAAGUGAAUUAUUUCUCUAAUAGAAAUGACCUCGAAGACUUCUUCCUCAACUGUAUUGAAGAAGUUAAGAAAGAUAUCAAGAAGAGAAGAGAGAAGCAGGAUGGAUACCAAUCAAAGAAGCUUAGCAGAUCAAAUUCAGAAAUUGUUAAUAAGAAUAGAAGGAUUAAAGGCCCAAAAUAUGAAAAUUUUACAAAGACUGACAAAAAGAAGGUUAUUGAGAUGCUCAUUUCAAAUGAGCAAGUGUUGCUCUUCCUUUAUGAGCAUUUAUUCCCAUAUGAAAUUCAAAGACCACAGAGUGUAAAGACAUUAAAUCUGCAGAAGAAUAGGCCAACUAGCUCUCAUCCUUCAUUGACUACAGCUCAAUCUUUUGUACCACCUCAUCUUUUAAAUAAUUUGGCUCAUGGGAAAAGGAUGAUGAAUGAAGAUGCUACUAUUACCGAAGGACAUUCUCCAAACAAGAUGAGUGGAAGGUUUCUUCCAAACCAACAAGUUAGAGCUAAGACUGCUCAAGGAUCAGCAAGAGUAAAGCCAGGUCUCUCUCUUCGUCCAGUUAGUGAGGAAAGAUUAUUCAAAAACAAGGGAUCAAUUCAUGAGUCAAACUCAAUAGCUACAGCCUCUGAAAAUCCCAUAAAUCCUCAAUCAGAGUACAAAUAUUUCGGUGGGCUUUCUAAUAGGAUCAAUGAUCAGGACUAUUCCUACUACUCUAUCAACAAACGUUUGGUUGGGACUCCAUCUGACAUUCUCGGACCAGUACGUCCUCCUCAAGACGACCCUUCAUACUCAGUCCAGAACAACAUCAAUAACCUGAAUGUUAACAUCAACAUGCCUCCUGUGGACAGCCAGGCUUCUCACACUAGAGCUUUCGUACCGCCGAAGGCUUCCAGUAUGAAAAGGCUGAAACAGAACCAGAACUUGCCAAGAUCCAUCAGCAUGAAGGACUUUACAAGGUUAAAGUCAUCUAAGUCUAAAAGACUUAAGAUUUAUAAAAAAUAA